UUGGGGUCCACAGAGUCUUGAUCAACAUGGACCGACACCACACCGUCGACACGCUCGGCCAGUCGAGCUUGAUGCAGACCAUCCAAAACGGUGACCUUGCGCAGGUCCAGCGACUUGUUGCGGUCGACAACCCCGAGGCGAAGCACCUCCUCGUGACGACGCAGCUGGCUGCAACGACGGAGCAGUUGGGCCAAACAGCACUCCACGUGGCUUGCCUCUACGGGAACGUGCCGAUUUUCCAGGCCUUGCUCGACGUCAUGCCGGACGUCAACGUCCGCGACAAGGCGGGUGCGACAGCGCUGCACUAUGCGAUUACCACCCGACGGGAGGGUGUCAUCUCGGCGCUCAUGGCCGCGCCGGGCGUCGACAUCAACGCCGUCGACGAGGCCGGCAAUACCUUGCUGAUGUACGCAUGCUACUGCAACAACGUCGCCCUCGUCCAGACACUGCUCGCGGGACCUCGUCGCUUGAGCUUCACGCAGUACAACCACGCCGGGCUUUCGGCGCUGCACAUUGCAGCGCAGCGAGGCUUCUCCAGCUGCAUCCAAGAGCUGCUCGAUGCCAACAUCUUUGGCGUGAACGCCACCACGUUGGACGGCCGCACGUGCCUUAUGCUCGUCAAGAAUGCCGUCGAGACGGCUGGGAUGCUUCUGCGGUACCCAGGCAUCGACGUCAACCUCGCGUCCGAGGACGGCAACACUGCCCUCUUGCACGCCUGCCUCGGUGGUCAUGACGACAUGAUUGCGUACCUCCUGAGUCUCCGCUCGGUCGACGUGAACGUGACCAACGCCAGCGGCGACUCGGCGUUCCGGUUCGCCGUGCGCACUGAGAAUGCAUUUCUCGCCGCCCAAAUCGUGCAAACCACCAGCUUUGACGAAGAGCACGUGACGCCCGAGUGCGGUCCUAUUGCACUCUCCGUCGCGUGCGCUUUGCAGCGUGUCGGGCUCGUCCGUCGCCUCGUCGCGUCGCCGCACACCGACUACAACUACAAGGACAAGAACGGACUCACCGUGCUGCUCCAAGUAUGUUUGAGCCCCUCCACGGACCUGACGAUCUUGAACAUUUUGCUGGCGCUGCCCAAUGUGGACACCAACGCGACAGACAUGCGCGGAAAUUCGUGCCUCAUGGUCGCCGUCCGCAACGACCGCGUGGAUCUCGUGCGUGCACUCCUUGCAGUUGAAGCCACCAACUUCAACUUUGCCAACGAGAAGGGUGAUACGGCGCUCACCAUCGCAUGCGAACAAGCCAACUACCCGAUCGCCGAAGUCCUUGUCGCGCUGCCGACGCUCGACGUCAACCACCGGCGCAAGGACAAUCGACCCGCGUAUCGCGUCGCGCGGAAGAAAGGCGUGCGAAAGAUUAUGCAGCUGCUCACGACCCACCCGGCGUUUGAAAUGCCACCCGAUGCCGACGAGGAUGCGAUCGGCGACCACGACUGGACGCUCCGAGGCUGCCUCCGCGAAGUGGGCGCCUUCUUCCUGAUUUUAGGCCAGAUUUGUCAGCCCUGCGCCUGGUGCUGCUUCGGGUACGCCAUUUCUGAUUAGCAUCGAGCGACUAAG